AUGGCUCUUACAGAUAUUACCAAAUCUAAGAAUAAUAAGUAUGGGCAAAAAAACCACUUUCUUUGGAUUAAAAAUAUAAAUAGACUAGUUUAUGGAGAUACCGCUCAUCAUGGUAAAAGAUAUCCCUGUAGAAAAUGUAGUUUAAGCUGGCCAUCAGAAAAAGCUUUUGCAAAUCAUUUUGAACACUGUCUUAGUUUAGGAGAGGCUACCCAAAAAGUUAAAUUACCUAUCAAGGAUGAUAAUGAUUUUGAAAAGUUUAAAAACUAUGGGCGAAUGAUUAAUGCUCUAUGUGUUAUUAUAGCUGACUUUGAGGUGGAUAAUAAGAAAUGUGAUGAGAAAUAUGGAGGGCAAAUGCGAAAGCUUGCUGAACAAAAGGCCAAUAGCUUUUGCUACUUGGUUCACUGGAUCGAUACUGGAAAGGUAUGGGGCCCAUUCCUAUAUAGAGGAGAAAAUGCUACUCAGGAAUUUGUCAAAAGAAUUGAUAAGGAAUUAGUUCAAAUUAAUAGAGUUUUAGCUAUAAAACAUGAUCGAAUUGAGACUGACAAAGACAAAAAGAAAUUCAAUGAAGCAGAUAGUUGUUGGAUAUGCAAAGAAAAAUUCAUUAUAGAUAAAGAUAAAGUCAAAUGCUUAGAAAAUAAGGCAUCAUGGCUUAAUAAUAAGCUAAAAAAUACCACAAUGAAUUCAGAAGAUUAUAAGACCUUAACAAAACAAAUUGACAAGAUAACUAAAGAUAUUAAUCAAGAAAAGUCUAUGGAUAUAAAGAUCGAAGCAUGGAAAACUCCAAUUCCAGUUAUCUUUCAUAACUUCCGAGGAUAUGAUUCUCACUUGGUUUGCGAAUCUGUUGGAAAAUCAGUUAAUGCACAUCAAAUCAAGGUUGUAGCUGAGACAUUUGAGCGAUACAAGUCUAUGAAGGUAGGCCAGCUUAAAUAUAUAGAUAGCAUGCAGUUUAUGAAUAGUAGCUUAGCUAGUCUUACAAAAAAUUUGGGUGAUAAUCAUCCAAUAACAUCUGAGCACUUCAAAAAACUAGGCUAUACAAAAGAUCAAUUAGAUUUAGUAUAUCGAAAAGGAGUUUAUCCCUAUGAUUAUAUAGAUUCACAGGAUAGAUUUUUAGAGACUGAGCUUCCACCAAUUCAUGAAUUUAGUACAUAUCUUCAUGGUAAAAUUAGCCAAAAAGAUUAUGAGCAUGCCCAAAAAGUAUGA